GAUUUAGAAUGUUUCCUGCAAUUUCAUUUCCAUAGAAUGUAUUAACGAACCUACUAAUAAUACACAACUCGUGUUUGAAAUGCGCGUAGGAAGUAAUGUUGAGCACGAAUUACCUUUUAUCACUGGCGUAUUUGUGACGCUUCACAAACCCGAUUUGGUGAAAAUAAGUUUUAAUAAACUGUGCACGUAGUGUAUAUGUGUGUCGCUGUUCCUCUAAUAUGUUUAGGGUUGAAGCUGCUUCCUGACUUUUCUCAUGUCAAGUUCAGGCAGUGAUGACUUUUUUGAGGAUGAGGACGCUGGCAGUGAGCCCAAGGCAGGCAAGCUGGAAGACACUCAAGCUCAGGAUCCUAAGGACAACAGCAGUGACGGUGAUAAAUACUCGAACGACGAAAGCGAGUCCUCUGCGAGUGAUACGAACGGUGGAGACAGUGAAAGCCGAGAAAACAGUGUAAACGACGAGGAAGACGACAUACAAGAGGACGUGCAAGAAGAGAGAGAAGAAAGUGAGAGCGAUGAUGAAGCGGAAGACGGUGAUGGUGGCAACGAGAGUGAAGAGCUGGAAAACCUUUUCAAUGGGUCUCCUUCCCCCACCUGUUCCUCAACACCUGCACCAGCCUCCACCUCAGUACUCCGCCCCACCUCAGCUAACAGUCCCAUGGAAGUUUUCCUCAGAUCACAGUCCUCCUCCACACUCCUGCAUGAUGACACGCUUGGCGGAGACACUGUGGUUGCCCGGGCCAUGGCCAGAAGGGAGGCAACAGGCCUGGUCCCCACCGUGGAUGCGCCACUGCUGCUGGUGACUAGAACACCAGUCCACGACAGACCGGCUACAACCAGGGGCGCCAGGGACUCUGCGUCUCCUAGACCACCUUGUAGUACCAGGGGCGCCGCCUCCCCAAGAUCAACACGCACUGCUAGAGGACCACAACUCACGGCCAACAUCAAGGGAAUAAAUCAGAUUAUCACCAUCAAAGAAAGGUCAUCUACACAGGGUGGAAAGCGGCCGUCGAGUGCAGACAGCUGGUGUCCCGAGCCUGGUCACUCAUCCACCACACAACCUAGGAUCAAGAGCGCUGCUACCGCUGACAUGCCUCGCCAGCGACCUCUGGGGAAGUACGCCCGUAGUCUGGAGAUGCUGGGGGUCAAGCUUCCCUCACAACACCUCAGAGACCACAGGGCUGGGCAGAGGUCAUGGUCGUCACAGUCGUGGAAGAGCAGUGGUAAGCUUCACACUCGAGUGGCACAUCGCACCACCUCCCUGGAAGAUGUCACCCGCGUUAUACCUCAGGUCAACACUCCUGACGCACUCCACGAACUCAAAAUAGAUGAGUGCCAGAGAGCCACACUGAGCCAGGCAGUGUACGAGGAGUGGUACUUCAGACGGUGUAAAGAGAUAAGGUCUAACAAACUCAAGGCUAAAGAUAAAAUUAUGGAAGAAGAAAGAAAAAAGGAAAAGGUGAAGAAGGAUCUGGAGGUAAAGGUGAGAGCUGCCGUAUCCGAAUGGGAGGAGAAGAAGAAACAGCAAAAGAUAAAGGCGAGAGAAAAACUAAAAGAGGAAGCACAUAAGAAGGACAAGGAAAAACGGUUGAAGGAAGAGACGCAAAUGAAGGUGACCGCUGCAGUAAUUGCCUGGGAGAUGGAGAAGAAUGAACUGGCAAGAAUGAGACGAGAGAAGAAGAGAUUAGAAGCAGAGGCGCAGAGAGAGAAAGAAAGAAAGAAGUGCUCUGAUAAAAAAGAAUCAGAAAUGGUGUUCCAGAUGUGGAAGCAGCAGAAAAUAGAAGAAGAGAAAGAAAAGCGAAGAAAAAAGAAAGAGGAAGAAGAGGAAUUGAGGAGGGAAAAGGAGCGUGAGGAACUAGAUAAGAAGCAAGGUGCAGAAUUGGCUUUCGAGGCCUGGAGGAGGAACAAGUUGCAAGAGGCCCACGAGAAUAUGAGGAAAUAUAUCAUGGACUCGCAACUGGAGAAGUCGUCGGAAGCGAAACGGCGAAUAGCACGCUCGACGGAGGCACUGAAGGCCUACGAGGAAUGGUUGGACAAGGUGGAGGAACGAGAACCUCUCCGUGGCUACCAGAAUGCCAGGGCCUCUGUCAUGGCCCACAUGCGGCCACCGUGGUGCCCUGGAGGCUCCAGCAACUCUCUGCUGGGCUGCUGACCAGGUGGUGCGCGGAGGCUCCGGUAACUCUCUGUUGGGCUGCUGACCACGUGGGAACCUGGAAGCUUCAGGUAUUCCCAUAUACAAAGCUAUUACAUACAAAUCUCCCAAAUACAAAGCUACCCUAUGCAAAAUAACCAUAUACAAAGCUACCCUAUGCAAAAGUACCAUAUACAAAGCUACUAUAUACAAAGCUACCUCAUACAAAACAAUCACAUACAAAACUACCACAUGGAAAGCUACAUACAACGCCUCGGAAAUAUAUCAUGGAAAUGGCUAGGCUCGCUCACUUGUUCAUUUUUUUUUAUGGCAACUGCCGCUGGAACUUCGUUUCUUAACCAAUUCUUCUGGUUUAGUAUAAACCAGAGUUUGUUAUUACCAGCGUGAUUCAAGAGCACUAUUUCUUUGUUACCCUUCAAGAGUGGUUAACUGAUGUCGGUGAAAGGCUCCUGAUCCAAGAAGAGGAAUUCAACAUAUGUGGGACACCUGGGGAUUUUUAUUUGAUGACGUUUCGAAAACUGGUGGCCUUUUUUUCUUCGAUACAGACAUGGUAUCGAAGACAGCAAGAGAUGCGGCAGUCAUUCCCCUCCGAUAUUGAAUACAAUGUAUUAUGGUGAUGAUUUUGAUCCAAGAAAUUGGAGUUACCAUGCCCUUGGAUCAAAUCUGAUUAUCAUCCAUUUUCCCAUGCGCUAUGUGACCCCUAUGAGGCGGCUCAGCUCUGCUCUUUGGAAAUAAAAAUAAUAAUAUAUCAACCCCAGGCUGAGGGACUGAUUACCUCAAAUACCUUCUGAUCUCACCAUACUUUUUUGUACUAAGGAAACGUUUCGCCACUAUGUGGCGAAACGUUUCCUCUAUAAAGAUCCCUAAGUGUUACACAUUGUCUAAUUUAUCAAAUUGUCGGUUCUCUGAACCAUUUAUCUACACUAAUAGACUGUCUUAGUUGGUAUCUUACGUUCGAUCUUAAUUCAGCCUUUUCAAUUACAGAGUCUUUUGACGUGUUCCCUUGGGAACAGGUGUAGAUUACCUGCUUGCACAUAGCUUCCCAACUGUCUGUAGUUCAGUAUACCGCCCCCUGUUUUCUGACAAAGGUCUAUUUGAACUAAACACGCGGAGGUUGGUCUAGGACCUGGCCUCUAACCCCCCGAAACUCGACUUUAGUUAGGCUCCAGGUAACUCAGUGAGCGUCAACUUCUGUCUUAAGAGAAAUAGAAAAAAAAUUAGUCAGCAAUGUUGUAAUAAGUACCUUAGAAAAAAUCCAGCUGAUCACUACACAUAACGUAUACUGCUGUAAUUAUAGCUGGCAAUGUCUACUGGAAUAACAGGUCGAGGUAGGAUUCUUGUCUCUCAGGAGAAAUAGGAAAAUUUCUGACGAGGGUUUUAGUAUCCUUGAGUUUGACUUAAUACCAUUAGACCAGCACCUGCCCCGGGCUCUCUGAUCCACUGAAAAAAAAAAACAUCACAAGAUGUGUGAAAAGAAUUUCUACCCCAUUUAAACCCAGAGAGGUGCCUGGACGCUGCCGCUAAGUCUAGCAAGGGUCGUCUAUAUAAUACAUAUGGAUGGUACUAACUAUGAUACUCAGAUAUGCCACACGACAUGUAGGGGAUCAACAACUAUGCUGACACUAGGUGUUGCAAUGAUCUUCAUGGGUUUAGCGCUUCUCACUAAAUAUAAUAAUAAUAAAAAUAAAUUUAUGAAGGGAAUCAAGGAAAUUGGUUAGCUGGACUUGAGUCCUGGAGGAGGCAAGUACAAUGCCUGCACUCUGAAGGAGCGGUGGAGAUAUUUACUGUUUGGAGGGGCAUCUGAACUGUAGUAUCGGCGCACCUCUGGCAAGACAGUGAUGGAGUGAAUGAUGUUGGAAGUGUUCAUUCUUUUUCGGAUCACUUUGCCUCGGUGGGAGACGGCCGAUGUGUUAAAAAAAUAUUACCACACAGUAGUGUCACAUGAAAUAAUUAUCAGAAUAAUUGCAUAAUGCAAGAAUUACAGGUAUUAAUAAUGUAUUGAUGCAAAUGGUCUUCCCUUAUUUAUA